AUGGAAUUACUACCAGAAGAAAUCUUAGCACAAAUAUUUGGCUUUUUGCCUGGGUACAAGCUACCUAUUUUAAAAUUGGUUUGCAAAACUUUUCGUGAUGUCAUCGAUCAUAAUGAAGUAUGGAGUUAUGUCAUCAAUCAUGAAUUGACAGCAAAUCCCAUGUUACUAAAAGGAGACUCUUAUCAAACAUAUUACCAACGUGCAUUCCUUGGACCCAAUCGCACUGCAAAACGAUAUUGCAUUGAAUCGCAUAGCGCCUUAAGCACCCUUGAAGAAAGGGUUGGUUGGCUAGCAGACUUGGGCUAUAAAUUUUUCGCCAUAAACCUCCAAUUGGCCGAUCAUCAAGAUGUACCAGAUCAUAGACGAAUGCUAGACUUUGCUGCUAAAUUUGGCUAUGAAGUUCUUGGUCGAAAAUUAAUCCAGAUAUUGAAUAACCACAAGGAUGACUCGCUUGAGUACGAUAAAUGUUGGUUGAGUCCCUUCGAAACUGCACUGCAUUCGAAUCGUUUCCACUUUGUUGAAAUGUUACUUCAUAAUCCAGGACCACUACAAAAUCCAUGGAUUCUUGAAUCUGUCGAAUCUGUACCCACUAGUACUUUUAGCAGUCAUGUCAAUGUUCUGAUUUCCAGUGGUGAAGAUGGUAGACAGCUUUUGUUACAAUAUCUACUGCAAUUUAAGAUGCCAACUUUACACAGAGCUGUUAUUACUAGAGAUAUGGAAAAAAUACAAAAUGCUAUCAAAUCUGGUGCGAAAAUUAAUGAAUGUGAUAAAUACGAUAUGUCGCCAUUGUCAUAUGCGACAAUGCUUGGUUACAGGGAGAUUAUAGAAGUGCUGAUCAAUUAUGGUGCCAAAAUUCGCGAGGAUAUUAACAACUCAUUUGUGAUCGCUAUGAGAGAAGAAAAUCUUGAAAUUUUUCAAACUUUAGUUAGAAGAGAUACGAGUGAGCGAAGUCUUCUUUAUGCCAUUUGUCGAGCUGUCAAUGAGGGCAAACAAACCCAUUUAGACCUUAUCAAUGAAUAUGGACCGGAAAAUAUUGGUGAGUGCGUUCGAAAGAACAUCGUAUCGAUUAUGAAGUAUCGAUUAGAUGCCGAAUUGCCUUUGCUGAAGCCUUUGUAUGCAACCAAGUUGUCGUUUACGAAACAACAGCUUACUACAAUAGUCCGUUUAAUACCACACAUGUUUAACUUUAAAUCGAUAAAGUAUGACUAUUAUGAUUACUCCAGUUUUAUUGUGUUGGUUAACUAUAUGAGUAACAAUCCGACCUUUCCUAUGAGUAUUGCAGAGCGACUACCAUGCUACCAGUUUAUUACAUUCUUUUUGGAGCUACUAAAGGAUAAAGAACUUCAGGAAUGUUGUAAAAUUUUAUUCUACUUUGUGAUUGAUAAUCGAUCUUAUAAACUCUUCAAGCCUGACUUACAAGCUGUCUAUGAUUGCAUUACUAUAAUCUAUUUACAAACGCUGCUGAAAGCCUGCAAUAACGAAAUUGAUGUAAACGAGCCUUCGUUGACUAAUAACCAAACACCACUACAUGUCGCAGCAAAGAAUGGCCAACUAGAUAUAAUAAAGCUCUUAUUAGAUAAUGGUGCUGAACGUGACCUUGCGGAUGGUUCAGAAAAAACCGCAGCUGAAUUGACAACUGAUUAUCGAUGUAAAGAGUUGCUUGCAGCUUAA